CUCUCCUCCUCUCCAUGACUGACCGACAGUGACCUCAGUUUCUGCAGCACAACUUAAAGACAUCCCGCAAACUGCGCUCACACACACACACACACGCACGCACAGCACGCGGCACCAGGAGAGAUGGCCGGUAUAUUCGGGAAGAUCUUCGUGGGCAUUUACGUGGAGAUAAAGCGGAGCGACGGGCGAAUACACCAGGCCAUGGUCACGUCUCUGCACGAGGACAACGACAGCGUGACGGUGGAGUGGAUCGAGAACGGAGACACCAAAGGGAAAGAGAUCGAUCUGGAGAGCGUCUUUGCUAUGAAUCCAGAUGUUGCUCCUGAUGAGGAGAUCCCACAGAGUCCCGAACCUCCUCUUCCUCCCUCUAAUGUCGCCAAAACCAGCAAACUCCCCAAGACCAAACGGAUCACGUCCACAGCGAAAGCUGAGAUCCUCCCGCGGGAGAACAGAGCUGCAGCAGUGGGGACCACGCGUGCCCGUCCCAGCCAGCACAGCCAGGCCGCCGAGCCGCCGCCGCCCCCGCCCCCGGCCAUCGCCCCCCAGUCCGCCCUCAACCAGACGCUGCUCCAGCAGCAGAACGCGCGGAAGAAAUCCAGCUGUGUGAAGGAAGUUGAGAAACUGCAGGAGAAACGAGAGAAGAGACGACUUCAGCAACAAGAGCUCAGAGAGAAGAGAGCGCAGGAGGUGGACGUCCAGAUGCCAAACUAUGAAAUCAUGUGUAUGAUCAGAGACUUCAGAGCCAGUCUGGACUACCGGCCCUUAACCGGCAACGAUCUGAUCGAGGAGCACAGGAUAUGCGUGUGUGUGCGCGCACGGCCCCUCAAUAAGAAAGAACUGACCACCAAGGACCUGGACGUGAUCACCAUCCCCAGUAAGGACGUGGUGAUGGUCCACGAGCCCAAGCAGAAGGUGGACCUGACCCGCUACCUGGAGAACCAGACCUUCAGAUUCGACUACGCCUUCGAUGAGAACUCCACCAACGAAAUGGUGUACAGGUUCACGGCUCAGCCGCUGGUGGAGACCAUCUUUGAGCGAGGGAUGGCGACCUGCUUCGCGUACGGACAAACAGGAAGUGGGAAAACACACACGAUGGGAGGCGACUUCUCAGGAAAGAACCAGGACUGCUCCAAAGGGAUCUACGCUCUCUCUGCCAGAGAUGUUUUUCUCAUGAUAAAGAAGCCAAAUUACAAGAAGUUGGAUCUUCAAAUCUUUGCUACAUUCUUUGAGAUUUACAGCGGGAAGGCAAGUGUCUUUUAAACCUGAUUAGCAUUGAAUUCAUUUGAUAAGAGUUUGCGUUGCCUCCUUUUAAAGUUAUGAGCCGACGUUCAUCAGGCAGAAGCAAAAGUAGUAAUAUUUGAAGUGAGGAGUGACUUAGAGAUGCAGUACACGUCUGCACGGUGAUUGACAGGUGUCUACCAGAGAAGCCAAAUUCGUCUCUGGCAGAGACCUGUCAAUCACCCUGUAGCCCCGCCCUUGAGCACACCAAUGGACCAUCUUUUACUAUAUCUUGCUGUAUUGGAGAAGACCGUGCUGGUCACUA